AACAGUUAUACAAAUGGACCGGCACGAUCUUGAAAUAUUAAAUAUCUGUAAAAUUGUUCUUGUACAUCGAAUGUUGGUGUUUUUUGGAUACAUCAAGGAAAAGAAAACAACUUCUGUCUGUGGUCACGGUGUACGUUUUUUGUUUGAUGAUGGCCUGCUCCAGAACAUCAUCUGCUGACAAACCAGUUGAUAUCUCUAAAGAAGAGUGGAUGGGGAGACUACAGGAUGUACAUAUCAGUCGAACGGACAUGAAUAAGUUGAUCAUGAAUUAUUUAGUUACAGAGGGUUUUAAAGAGGCUGCUGAAAAAUUCUGCAUGGAGUCUGGAACUCAAAUCAAUUCAGAGCUGAACAGUUUAGGUGAACGUAUACACAUUAGAGAAGCUAUCCAAGAUGGAAGAAUAGAGGUUGCUAUUGGUAUGGUUAACAGUCUGCAUCCAGACCUUCUAGAUAAUGAUAAAUACCUCUUCUUCCAUUUACAGCAACAACAUUUGAUUGAGCUGAUCAGGCAAAGAAGUUUAGAAAGUGCUCUUGACUAUGCCCAAGUACAUUUGGCUGAAAGAGGAGAAGAGAACAAGGAUAUUUUACCUGAACUUGAAAGAACAUUAGCUUUGCUUGCAUUUGAGGACCCUGAAAAUUCACCAUUUAGAGACCUCCUUCACCUGUCACAAAGACAAAAGGUAGCAAGUGAAUUGAAUGCAGCAAUAUUAGAAAUUGAAAACAAAGAGUCAUCACCACAGCUGGCGAAGCUUCUCAAACUACUGCUGUGGUCACAAGAACAACUGGAUUCAAAGAAAGCCAAGUAUCCACGCAUGAAAGACCUCGCUAAUGGUGAAAUUAAAGAAUCUAAGUGAUGAUAUACUGCACCGCUAUGGAGAAAAAAUGGAGAAGUCCUUGUUUGGCUCCAGCUGUAUGCAUAAACCUGGUGAAUGUUUUCUAAAAACACUAUGAAGAAUAAUUUAAAGAUUUUUGUAUUCUAAGCCUUGUUUUUUUAAUGACUAGGAAAAAAAGUGCAUACCGUUUGUAUUGGGCAGGGCCCAUUUAAAUAAUGAUACAUUUAAAAUUGGCCGCACAUUGGAAAAUUUAGCUUAGGUACUAGCAUGCCAAAAGCUUAGCAGACAUGCUUUUACCUCAAGCGUGAUAGAACUUUUGAACUCUUUCCUCAAAUACGUGCAUAUGAGUAGUUAUGAACUGUUGUCUCAAAUACAUGCACACAGUACAAGUUUGGCCAAAAAUUUCAUAUGCUAUAAAAAUGUAGCUAAGCUCCCUACUUCAUAAGGUAGAAUCCUCAUACUGUAUGAAAGCGUGUGCAGGUGUUUAGGUUCAGGUUAGCUGUUUGCAUACUUAAGGCUGAUAUCUCGGGUAUAUUAUCUUGUGUGCCACAGGCUUUAGUGCCAGGUGCCACAUUAAUUUCAUAUAACCCUUCUUAUGUGCACAGCUGAUUAUUUCACCUAUUAAAAUAACUAUUAGAAAUAUAUGUUGUGUUUUCCUGGUCAACCCUUCCCUACUCCCCAGAUGGGGGUAUUGUAACUGUUUCAGGCCAGGUUUCCAGGGGCCCAGACAAGAUUUCAAGAUUUAUAUAUACUAGUAUAUUUUUAUUAAUGUAUUCUGAUGUCAAAAUGGUGUAUUAAAUCCCAAUGACAGCAAACUAAUAGAGAAUAUUCAUAUGGAAUAUAUGAUAUAUAAUGUUGUCAUAGUUACUGUUUAUCAAGACAAGAUACUGUAUGCACUACAGGUCUCCCUCUAAUUAAAGACCCCUCCAGUUAAAGACCACUUUCAAUAAAGACCACUUUUCUGUGGUCCCGUUUGAAUUCAUAUUUUUUAACAUAUAUAUAUAUAUUUGGGUAUAUUUUAUUGAGAUAAAAAACAUCGAAAACACAAUCUUUGGCAGCAUUAAGCUGAAUUGUAGAUUGGGUAAUUACAAUAAAAUCUAUAAAAUUUGUGAUAAGACUAAUAAAUGUACAGUAUAUAAAAAUAUGACACAGUCAAAAAACACUAAAAAUACAAAGAAUAAAAAACAAUUUUACAUCACACUUUACUCCUGAGCUAUAUAUAAUAUCCAGAUUAUUCAGACUGGGGGGUUCAUCCGCCACAGGACCUCACAAUGAAUUGAGAAUUCGUACCAUGUAAGGUAUCGGGCUAUUUUUGUAUCAGGAUUUAGUACAUUUGUAUUCACUAUAUUGUUUUUUAUUUCGUAAUGACAUAUUAUGUGUAGUAUUGUUAAUUUGGAACCAGUGCUUAAAUUUUUCCGAAUUUGCAGUUUUCUUUGCAAAUGUUUUGCAAAGUGAGGUCCUGUGGUCAGACAAACCCUCCAGUCCAAGAGUUAGUAGCGCAUCCUCAUAAUUAAAAAAAUUAUCGGCAAGGAUAAUAUGGCAUACGCGCCUUUGAACGCGCUCUAUGGAUGUGCUUUGUUGUUUAGUGAGGCCAGAGUGCCACAACGGUGCAGCAUACUCAAGAACCGGCCAUUAGGAGUUCCCUCAAGUUAGAGACAAAAACAAAUGGUUUUGGUCGACCUGAAUGAAAAUUUUCCCUUCAAUUACAGACCACUAUAAACUAAAUAGUGAUGUUAAUGUUAUUUUUUCUGUAAUAAAUUUUGUUAUAAGGGUUAAGGCGUAGUAUAAGAUGGUGUUUGUGUAUAAUAUUAGUGGUGUGAAUAAUAGUUUAAUGAAAAGUUGCUUAGAACUAGUACAGGAAUUGUAAAAUCCUUUAUUGAGAAUAAAAAAUUAAGAUAGAAACAGUUCUCUUAUCAUUGGUUUUAAUUAUUGAAUUAACUGGAUAACCGCAUUGUGACCUUAUAAAACAGUUGCAUAAUUGAUACUAAGCUGGCGUAAUUAGGACAUUCAAACUUAAACUUAUCAUAUUGAAUACCCAGAAAUGGUACUUUAUGAAUCAAUAAUUAAGACCAAAGCUGCUAAAGCCCACCAAAACCCUGGUUCCAAAAUGGUUUUUAAUUGGAGGAAAACCUGUAUUUGAUUUUGUCUGCCAGACUCAACAAAAUUUGAACAGACAUACAAUGUGUUUGAUCAGAUACAUCAAAAUUCAGGCAUACAGCUUCAAUGCUACAUAAUACAGUAUCUAUGUUGUGUGGUUAUUUGUUUAUUGUUCAUUAUUUUAUUAGUUUAGAUAAUCAGCCAUAUAAAAUGUAAAAACAUGUGAACAAUGUUCAAGAUGUCUAGAUUGUGUAUAAUUUCCACAGUUUUUUUAAAAGUUAAUACAGUACAGUAUUGUUAAAUAACUAUUUAUGAAGCAAAUAUAAAAAUACAUAUUAAAUCUGAA